CUUCUCAAUUGAGCUCUACAAACGUAACUAUCUAUCUUCAAGAUGGAAGCUAUUGGCACAUCUCUGAAGGAAGCUCUCAAGUCUGCCCAGUGUGAGGAUCGCCUCACUGUUGGUGUUUAUGAGAGUGCCAAAAUAAUGAAUGAUGACCCAGACAGCGUGUCUCUCUGUGUUCUGGCCACCGAUGAGGAGUGGGAGUGUGACAUUGCUCUCCAGAUCCACUUCACCCUCAUCCAGUCUUUCUGUUUUGACAACGACAUCAGCAUCGUCAGAGUGAACGACAUUCAGCGCCUGGCCGAGAUUGUUGGGGACAAGACUGGCCAGCUUGAAGAUGCCCACUGCUGUCUUAUCACGAACCCAGCUGAUGGUUCUUGGGAGGACGCUGCUCUGGGGAAGCUGCACCUGUUCUGUGAGGAGAGCCACAGUCUGAACGACUGGGUUCCAGAGAUCACCCUUCUUGAGCGCUGAUCUGGGACUUGACUCUUCUCUCUUGAGAUGCUGUAAACCUUCAACCUAUAAGGAAAUACUCAUCCGUUUACAGGAUGACACUGUUUCUCAUCCCUGGAUACUCCUGAGGAGGAUUCCGAUCCAGGCAGCGCGAGGCCGGCCCAAGUGGCCCCCACGAUUCGUUGUCUCUUGUCCCGUCCAUACCAAGAUGACUUCCAUUCUUUAUGUGAAUGAGGUCAGGUAUGCCACGAGAGCGACAAAAAUGGCCCUCAUUCUUUGUGCGGAUGAGGUUUGGAGAGAAAGGAGAAGUGAGUUCUGCAUCUUGUGGUCCGAAGAGCAAACGUCUCACGUUGAAGCACGCGCAGUAGGAGAAGAAGCGGUGCCAAGAAGAAGCGUUCUUAAAAAGGGACUUUUUAAAAUGUCUUUCUUGCUGAGCAGGAUAACGCCGUUGCAUUCAGCGAUAUACUUACCACUUUCCAGAAUUGUCUUAAUUCUCUAAAGGUUUCACUUUAGAUGAUUUAAAUAUGACAAAAACAGAAAACAGAAAUACAUUUUUUUAAAUGUACUUAGAAUACUCUAAAGGUUUAACUUUAGACCUUUAACAUGAGAUUUAUUAAAAUUUUUAUGAAAGAUUAUUUCAGUUGUUAUUAUCGAAAAUGUUACAAUAUUGAACUCCUGAUUAUGUCAACAACUAAAAAGAAAGAUAUAUUACAUUUGUUGUU